AUGCUUCGGCGGCGUGCUGUGUUCCAGCCACAUGUGGAAACGAUACGGUCACUCUCGAUAACCGUGAAUUGUCUCUUCCAAAGCUCUCAUGCGUUCGAGAUCCACCUCAAGAGUCUGCUCCAGAGUUUUCUGGUGGCUAUUGUGAUCCCGCACACUGAGGUUGCGGAUCAGGCGAAGCAGACCAUACAUCUGAGUGGUGAGGGCUUCUGCUUCCUCUUAAUCAAGAAGACUGUCGUCGCAUCGCACAAAGAUGCCGUUUUCUUUUGGUUUGAUGAGUUUUAA